GCCAGGUCAUGCCAAGUACUUACGCACAGUUACACCGUGCCAGAUUUUAGUCAUUGGCCGCGGCCAUCAAUUUGAAGUCCUAGCGGUUCCCGCAAGGGCGCUGACGAUUCGAUGGAUACACGAAAGAUAUCAAACAUGUAUGGAGAUCUGGUCAUCUCUCCGUCUCCGCUCAUGAGCUUCCUACAGAAGGUCAUUUUGCUGUCUUUCAUAGCGCAAGGCUUGGCUUCGCUCGCAGGACAGCCGCUUCCCUUCGCAGGCUUCUUCGAGGAAACCCCGCUCGUCCCAGUAGCGACAACGCGCACGAAGAAUGUUUUCAUCACCCCCGAGAUCGACGCUUUCGCCGAAGACCAGCUCGCGUCAUUGGGCUCCUCCGGUCUAGCUCUCGCCAUCGUCCGAAGCGACCCCGACACCCCGCUGAACUGGACCGUCGAGUUUGGCUCCUACGGUAUCGCCAAGGCGGAUGGGUCGCUUGUCACGCCCGACACGAUGUUUGCCAUCGCCUCCAACAGCAAGCUCUUCCUCUCGCUCUCGGUGGGACUGUUGAUGAAGAACGAAACGUUGGCGGAGGAGCGGGGCAGCAAGUUUGGCUGGGACACCAAAAUCCGGACCCUCAUUCCCGAGUGGAAGCUGCUGGACAAGGACAUGGAGCGCAUGAUCACCAUCCAGGAUAUGCUGUCGCACCGCACGGGUCUGCCGCGCCACGACUAUUCGGGGCAGGCACGCGAGGGUGGUGUCGCUGAGAUGAUAUCCACCCUCCGGUAUCUCAAGCCGUCUGCCGAGUGGCGCGAGCAAUAUCAGUACAACAACUUGAUGUACGAAACGCUCUCGCAUCUCCCCUCUACUCUCCUCAAUCAAACGUACGAAUCCUACAUUCACGAGCACCUGUUUGCUCCGCUUGGGAUGAACUCGUCGACGUACUCGGUGGCCGAAGCUGAGAACUGGGGUACCCUGGCAGACGGAUACUACUGGUCGAUGCAAGACUGGUCCCGCGGCAUCAAUGGCACGCUGACGCCGACGAUCCCGUAUUUCCAGCGCCCAGGAGAAGAGGGAAUAUGGGCCGGCGCGGGUGGUGUGCUCACUUCUGCUCGUGAUCUAACGUCCUGGGUUGCAAUGCUUCUCAACGACGGGCGCCAUCCGAUCACCAACGAGACGGUUGUGCCGGCCGAUGUCGUGGAGCACGUUGCCACUGGUGUCACUGUCGCGAAUGGGAAGGCCUCUUACCCUGAAUUGAGUCCCAAAGUGUAUGGGUGCGGGCAAGAGCGUGCAUCGUAUCGUGGACACGAGUACAUCGAGCACGGUGGCAGCAACCCGGGCUUCAAGACCCAAGUCAUCCGAUUCCCUCAGGACAGAUUCGGUGUCAUCUCGCUCUCCAAUGAUGAGCUGGGCAAUGGCCUGAUGGAAACCGUCAAGUGGAGGCUCAUCGACUCAGUGCUGGGUAUGGAGCCUAUCGACUGGACUGCGAGAUACCGCGAAUCGCACAACAAGCGUUAUAAAGAGAGCCAGGACGUCACUCCGCGACCCUCGUCACCGAAACCACCAUCGUCCUCCUUCGCUGCUAUGCACGGGACCUUCUCUCACGGAGCCUACGGUUCAUUCAGUCCUUGCUAUGUCGCGUCCGGCCCUACAGGUCUCACGCCCGAAUGCACUGCCGUGAUUACGAGCCCCGUCGUCCAGCGCAUCCUCGAUGCCUCUCCAGGCGCACUGACUGGUGACAUUCCUACGUUCAUCGUGCCAUUCAAGCGGACGUUCUCAACGUAUCUGCGGCUGAUGCACUUCGACGGCAAUGUGUUCAACACGUCGCUGAUCGUGACGAACAGAGAGACGCGUCGUGCGGAAGGGUAUUUGGACGAGGAGAACGACAUCUACGCUGGGUUCGAUGACCAGAAUGAGGUUGAGUGGGUCGAUGGCCCCGAGCCUGGAUGGGCUUUCCGGGGAGGCUUUUGGGGAAGCCAAGGGAAGAUCCGGCCGCUGGAGGGAAGCGUCAAGGACCGGGCUGAAGUGUGGUUUGGUCGCGUUUAGGUGUGAAAUCGAAGCACAGUUGAGAAUACAUCAUGGAAACACACACUCACUUCGGUGCCCCAAGCAAUUCGCACUCCUGAAAUAUCUCUAGUAGUGCCAAGUAUACAUUCUAAUAUGCAGAAGCGCAUAGAUAUCAAUAAAAAGUCUAAUGAGAGUAA